AUGUCUACACGGCAGAUGUCUCCCCAACACCAGGAGAAGGGUGAAACUCCUGCCAACAAUAACCCUGCACAGCAAAAGAGAACGCCAUGGUACAAGCAAUUGAAUUGGCUGAUGGUCACCAUGGUCCUCCUCGUUCCUGCAUUUGCUGGUCUAAGCACAAUUUGGAUUCCUUUCCAAAGGAAGACCCAGAUUAUGGCAUUCUUCUAUAGUCUCACAAAGGGAUUCAGUAUCACAGCAGGAUACCACCGUCUGUGGUCCCACAAAUCAUAUACAGCCAGCACAUCCCUGCAAAUAUUCUUGAUGCUCUUCGGCGCCGGCGCCGGACAAGGAUCAAUCAAGCUAUGGACCCGAGAGCAUCGUGCCCACCACCGCUACGUGGACACCGACCAGGAUCCAUACAGUGUCCAAAAAGGACUGUUCUACUCGCACGUCGGCUGGAUCAUUUUCAAAGAUGACCCCGAUAGGAUCGGCCGCGUGAACGUGGAAGACCUGAAGCGGGAUCCGAUUGUCAAGUUCCAAGCAGACUACUACUGGCAGCUCUUCCUGCUCAUGGCAUACCUGGGACCUACCUUCAUUGCCGGGCUCGGAUGGGGCGACUGGCUCGGUGGAUACGUCUAUGGCGGUCUGUUGGGUACAGCUCUUGUCCAACAAAGCACAUUCUGCAUCAACUCUCUUGCUCACUGGAUGGGAGAUCAGCCCUACGGCACGUUCAAGUCUGCUCGGAACUGUUUCAUCGUUGCGAUCCUGACGCUCGGCGAGGGAUACCACAACUUCCAUCACGAGUUCCCCUCAGACUGGCGCAAUGGUGUGCGCUGGUAUGAGUUUGACCCUACCAAGUGGAACAUCUGGCUGUGGACCCAGCUUGGUUUAGUCACUGACUUGCGCUUCUUUUCCAUGAAUGAGAUCAACAAGAGUAUGCUUCAAGCAUCUCAGAAAGAACUCGACAAGAAGGUUCAGGCUGUUCAGUGGGGUGUACCCAUCGCAGACUUGCCGGUCAUGCUGUUGGAAGAAUACCAUAGCCAGGCCCGAUCCCGAAACUUGAUCCUGAUUGAGAGGAUUGUCUACGAUGUGACGGAUUUCCACCAGAUCCAUCCUGGAGGCGUGGGGUUGAUCAAGUCAGGCUUUGGGAAGGAUGCGACAAGGAUGUUCAAUGAGCUAUACAAACACUCCAAUGUGGCGAUGAACCUCCUUGCGGGCAUGAGGGUCGCGGUGGUUGAUGAAGAUAUGUAG